AAGCAUUCAGUACGCAACGCAUCAGUCUUUUGGCACCUUGGGUUCCAUCUUCUUUGUGAGCGAAUGAAAAUCAAACGAAAGAGAUUAUAGAUAAUGGUACGGAAUCAGAAUGCUACCUCCGAGAGUUAAUGAGAAUUCAAAAUGGGAAACUUGAUGGGCAAGUCACUUCCUUUAGUAUUAAUGUAGAGUUCUUGGUGAGAGAAGAUCGCUAAUUCUUCAAUUAGGGUUUUUUUCCCUUUCUUACAUCUUCUACUUUUUGCAAGAACAUUAUUCAUGUCUCUGCUUCUCAACCAUCCCUCGAAGCUCUGCUUUCGGAAACCCUUGUUGGUAAGAACAUCUCCUCUUCUCUCUAAUGGCGUCUCAUUUUCCUUGCCGCAAAAUCCAUUUUCUGUCAUAAUGUACGAUGAUCCUUGUGGAGCUGAUCUUGGAAAACUCUUCAUUAGGAGGGCUGGUCACAUCACUCCUCUUGAAAAGAAGAUGCCUCUUAAGGAAAUGGGAAUGAUUGGAUCAUCCAAUGGAUGGCUAGCUACUCUCAAGGACGGGUUCGUGGGUCUCCAAGACGUUGAUCUAAACCCGGUUGCAUCGGAUACAGAUCCUAAACACAUUUCUCUGCCUCCUUUUCUAACUCUGCCUCAUUGCCAAACCCAAAUUGUCACCAACGUGGCCAUGUCCUCGUCUUCUCCAGAGGAUGAGGACUGUGUUGUAGCUGUCAAGUUCUUGGGACCUCAAAUAAGCUUUUGCAGACCGGCUCAACGUAACCCUGAGUGGAUCAACAUCAGAGUUGGAAGCCCCUGUUUCUUCUCCUCCCCUGUCAUGUUUUCCAAGAAAGAUGACAUGUUUCACGUACUUGGAUCUGGAGGCCACCUCAUUGAAUCAUGGGAUCGCCACACACAAACGCACAAACCUAAGUUUCAGAGAUUUUGGUUCAAAACGAUUCCCAAUCUGACCAAGGCCAACAAAGAGCUUCUUGAUUCGUGUUGCAAGAGGGAACACUUGGUGGAGUCAAGAACCACCAAUGAAACUUUCCUGGUUAAGCAGUACAAGAAGACCGCAGAGAUCAUCAAUGGUAUUGCCAGAAUGAAAACAGUAGCUUUAAUGGUGUUCAAGCUAGAGAAAAUAGAAAAACUUUUUUACACUCAAGACAUUGGAGAUCUCUGCAUUUUCCUCACAAAGUAUGAAACUUUCUGUGUCCCUUCGAGCUCUUUUCCGGGCUUGUUUCCUAACCACGUCCAAAUCUUGGAUUCCGAAGAAACCGCAAUUGUCAAUCUCGCUGAUCAAAAUUGGAAUUUUUAGAGUCAGUCCCCUUACUAGAAGUUUGGAAUUGAGUUUUGAGUCUGGAGUCUGUCCUUUCUUUUGAACUUUUCAAACAUCAAAUCUAUUUAUAUGAUCUCAAGCUCUUUUCUUUGCUAUGUACAACCUAGCAAAGGAGCCAAAGAUAAACCUAGUGUAGUGUUCCUUGGACUAUGCAAUGAUCUAGUGUCAAGAAACUGUGACAGAGACCAGUAGAAAACUUUACCUGAUUCAAAUUCCAGAUUAACGGCAGA